AUGAAUCAAGAAACUGCACCAUCUGCAGCCACCAAAAACCUUACAAUAAAAAUAUCAAAUUUAAAUCAAAAACCAAGAAAAGAAAUCUUGACAAACAUUGUUCAAGCAACAUCACCAUAUAACUCACCAUCUUUAAUCUCACCACCAUCUUCUGCCUUUGUAUCUGCACUGCAAUCCCCUUAUAUAUCUCCUAGAGCUACUCGAGAUGACCCGAAUCACCUGCAAGAACACGAAACAGCCACUAAUAGUACUACUACUGGUGCCACUACUCCAACUACAUUCACUCACCCAUCCACCCCUGUUUCGUAUUGUGGUUCGGGCAAUGAUGAUAUUCCAAGUACUUCCUACACUCCCCCUUCAGAAAGGUACGAUUUUUCGGAUGAAACGAAGCUCAAAAUCGUCAACUGUGUCCCGGUAACUUCUUCUGAUGCUAGUACUAAUACUAAUAAUGUAACUGCACCUAGGAUUUCAUUUUCAUUUCCUGUUCCAAGGGUUUCAUUCCAAAAAGGGUCUUUUUCGCCUGCAAAUGCAAAAUUAAGAAGUUGUGAUGUUUAUAUUGGAUACCAUGGGCAAAACCCGAACUUGAUUAGGUUCUGCAAAUGGCUUAAGUCAGAGUUGGAGUUACAGGGAAUUGCUUGUUUUAUUGCCGACAGAGCAAAAUAUUCGGAUUCGCAGAGUCAUGAAAUUGCGGAUAGAGUUAUUUGUUCAGCCACAUUUGGGGUUGUAGUGGUUACUAAAGAGAGUGUGUCAAGUUAUUUAAGUCUAGAAGAGAUUAGAUUCUUUGCUCAAAAGAAGAAUUUGAUCCCGUUGUUCUUUGAUACCGAUUCAAAUGAAGUUGCAAAUCUUUUAGCUCAAAAUGCAGACAGUAAAGAAUGUAAAGAGGUGAUAGACGGGUUGAUGAAGGCACACGACUUUAAACAUGAAGCAAACGAGGGUAAUUGGCGGUUAUGUGUGUCAAAGACAGCUGGGAUAUUGAAGGGAAGGCUUGGGAGAAUGAGUGUGGCUGAAAGGGAAAUAGAUAAUAUCGAUGAAAUCCCUUAUCCUAAGAACAAGUUGUUUGUGGGACGAGAAAAGGAGUUGGCGGAGAUUGAAAUGGCAUUUUUUGGAUGCGCGGAUGUUGAAAAUGAAAGUAAUGUUAAUGUUAGUAAAGGAGGAACACCGGGAACGUCAGAAGGACUUGCAGACGAAGAAAGUGAAGUUGAUAGAAGUAGAAAUGGGAAGUUUAUAAGUUUAGAAGUUGGAAAGUGUAAAGAACCGAAGCUUGAAGCUUGGGUUGAGCCGGUUAUUGGAAGAAACUCGCUAAAAAGGCCUAAAUACAAGAAAACAAAGAGUGGGAAGUACAAAAGUUUUGUAAGUGGCAUUGUGUGCAUCAAUGGAGAUCCAGGAAUUGGAAAAACUGAGUUGGCGUUAGAAUUUGCUCAUAGAUAUUCUCAUAGAUACAAGAUGGUGUUAUGGGUUGGUGGGGAAGCUCGGUAUUUCAGACAAAACAUACUGAAUUUGUCAUUGAGUCUAGGGUUAGAUGUAAGCGCCGAUGAAGAAAAAGAAAGAGGGAGGAUCAGAAGCUUUGAUGAGCAAGAAACAGAAGCUUUCAAGAGGGUAAAACGGGAAGUAUUUCGUGAUAUGCCAUAUCUACUGAUCAUUGAUAAUCUUGAAACAGAAAAAGAUUGGUGGGAAGGGAAAGAUUUACAUGAUUUGAUACCAAGAAACACAGGUGGUUCACAUGUUAUUAUAACAACUAGGCUCCCAAGAGUAAUGAGCUUUGAUCCAAUGGAACUUCAGCCACUGACACUGAAAGAUGCAUUCUUUAUAAUGAAAGGAAGACGAAAGAAAGAAUAUCCUGCUCAAGAAAUUGAAAUUCUUGGAAAGUUUAGUGAGAAACUGAGAAGAUCGAGUUUUGGGUUGUCAGUGAUCGGAUCAUUACUUUCUGAACUUGCAAUCACACCCUCCACCCUCUUUGAAGCCAUUGAUCAUAUCCGUUUAGAUGAACCCGUGUCUCAUUUUGAUGAAGUAUUUUGGGGAAGCAAUAAGUUUCUACUCAAAGUCUUGAUCUUUUGCAUUACUAUUUUGCAUGAAGCUAACGAGACUAGAAACGUUCUUGCCUCAAAGAUGGUUAUGGUUGGAGCCUGGUUUGCUCCAUUACCCGUGUCAGCAAGUUUACUAGCAGCGGCUGCAACCAGCAUAAGUGGUUCAAACAACCGGUUAAAGAAAUGGGCCAAGUGUGCAAACAUGGCUUUCUUUUGUUGUUCGGGGUUUCUAGAGAACCAAACUUCAAAGAGUGAAGAAGAUUCUGCUCUUGUGUUAGUCAAAUUAGGGCUUGCCAGACGAGCAAAUAGACAUCCCGGAUGCCACAUUUUGUUUCACACCAUAACUCAAAGUUUCGCAAAACUUAAAGGGGGUUUACUCCCAGCAAAAGCAACGAUCCAUGGCAUAAGGAAAACAGGAAACCCUGUUUUAAAUGCAGACCAUCUUUGGGCUUCUGCUUUUCUUGUAUUUGGGUUCAAAUCCGAGCCACCAUUAGUCCAACUAAAAGCCAACGACAUGGUUUUCUUCAUCAAGAAAACAGCUCUCCCUUUAGCAAUAAGGGCGUUUACUACAUUUUCAAGGUGCAACUCAUCCUUGGAGCUACUAAAAGUCUGCACAAAUGUUCUUGAAGAAGUGGAAAAAUCGUUUGUGUCACAGAUUCAAGAUUGGUGCCACGGAUCACUUUGUUGGAAGAAAAAGAUGAACUCACACCAGAGAAUCGACGAAUAUGUAUGGCAAGACGUGACACUUUUGAAGGCUACUUUAUUAGAGACAAGAGCGAAAUUGUUGUUAAGAGGUGGACAUUUUGACAACGGUGAAGAGCUGUGUCGGACGUGUAUUAGUAUCAGAACAGUGAUGCUUGGCCAUAAUCAUUCACAAACUUUGGCUGCUCAAGAAACCUUAGCAAAAUUAGUUAGAAUGAGGAGUAAGAUAUAGAAUUUAGAUUAAUUAGCUUUGAUUUGAUAGAUUUAGUCAGUAGAUUUACUAAUCAGUUUUCUCACAACAUUAACUUAUCAUGUUGUUUUGAGUUUUAAAAGUGUUAAUUGUACUCAAUUUUC